ACGAUACAAGAGCAACACAAACUAUUUUCGUGCCCAAUGCUCGUACGGUAUACAAAAACAAAACUUAUCUCCCGCGGUGCAUAGAUUUUUAUCAAAAAAAUUAAAUUAAAUAAUUAUUAUUUCUGGAUGUGUAAGUGACCUCGCGAAUACGAUGGAAAGUAUAGGCGACGAUCGAGAGAACUUAAAGGAUUUUCUUGAAGAAGCUGAACUUCAACAAUACCAUGAGCUCUUUAGAGAUGUCUUGAAAGUGACAAAACUAUCGCAAUUAAAAUUCGUCGUGACAGAAGACUUGGUACAAAUUGGCUUCUCGAAACCAGAACAAAGACGAUAUAAAAAAAUAUAUUCCAAAUAUUUUCCAAAUCCAUACAUCACCAAAAUAAAGAGACUGCUUAGCUCUAGUAAAAAGAAUGAUCCGUUUUCACAUGGACAAUCGACGAUACCUGUCGAUUUGCAACCGUUUUCAGACAGCACCGUUAAAAUUCCCACAAAACAUAUAAUAUCAAUAGAAGAUAUAACUAUUAAUAAAGAGCUUGGCAUGGGCCAGUUUGGUGUUGUGCAACAAGGCACAUGGACUACAGGGAAUCAAAGACUGCAAGUUGCAAUAAAAUGUUUGGGAAACGAACGUAUGACAUCAAAUUCAACUGAGUUCCUAAAGGAGGCAGCCGUGAUGCACAGCAUAGAGCAUCCAAAUAUAGUGCGAUUGUUUGGCGUCGUUCUGCAUUUAGAUUCCUUGAUGUUGGUAACAGAGCUGGCUCCUCUCCGUUCACUGCUGGAGUGCCUCCGUGAAGUGUCACUCCGGCCCAAUUUCCCCGUUCCUACUCUCUGCGAGUUCGCCGAACAGAUCUGUGAUGGCAUGACUUAUUUAGAAAACAAAAGACUGAUUCAUAGGGAUUUAGCAGCAAGAAAUAUUUUAGUAUUCAACAAAGAUAGAGUAAAGAUUUCAGACUUUGGUCUGUCGCGCGCACUUGGUGUCGGCAAGGAUUACUAUCAGACGAAUUAUAAUGUCAAUCUUAAAUUGCCGGUGGCUUGGUGCGCGCCAGAAUGUAUAUUGUACUUACGUUUUACGUCAUCGAGCGACGUCUGGGCGUUCGGUGUUUGUCUUUGGGAGAUGUUCACAUAUGGCUUCCAACCGUGGGCGGCUUUCUCCGGACAGCAGAUAUUAGAAGCUAUUGAUACGCCUAAUUUUCAGAGAUUGGAAAGACCGGAGUGCUGUCCCGAAGCGUAUUAUUCGACGAUGCUGGAGUGCUGGUCGCACGAGCCAAACGAUCGGCCGAAAUUCAAGGACCUGGGACCAAAGUUACUCGGUAUACGACCUGAAAUGGUUCAAGCAACAUCGAACUUCGUGAGAACAGACGACGGAAGACGCACUAAUUAUUUAGAUUAUAAAGUUGGACAGAUCAUUACCGUUUUAGGAAAAGAAGGCAUGACUAAGAGCUCCUUGUGGUACGGAGUUCUCCCCGGCGGUGCCUGCGGUGUGUUCGAUCCUAACCAGACCAAACCAUAUUCGAAACCAGAGAAGCCAUUAUCGCUGGGCUCGCUAUCGCCGAAUCCGAAUCGUCAUUCGUCACGUUCGUUACGUCCCUCCCUACUGCGCUCGGACGCGAAGCGACACACGUACACCGGGAAACGGACGAUACAACGCAACAUGAUAUCUAGUCCGCAAGGCGACGUCAAACACACGGGACACGUAGGACUCGACGGCGCAUAUUUCGGAGACAUAUCGUUCUUGGACCCGGCCGGUUGCCCGCCCAGACAAGUGGUGACUCCGUACAAGCCCUCGGAGGACUUGGAGCAGGUUCCCCUGAUCAACCCGAACUCCCCUUCACACCUGACCGGGGGAGCCUCGAGUGCGCCUCCGUAUCCGUUGCUGUCGUCACGUCCGGAUCACAGGAACGAUUGCGAUGAAGUCGACCUGGCUUAUGGCGAAAGUCGAAGUAAAGCUCAGAAGAAAAACAAUCACAAGAAUUCGGAAACCACCGCCUGUAAAAAUAUAUUGAAUAAGGUGAAAAGCGCGACUAUUCGUCGUUCAAAUAAAACAGUGGACGCAAACAAUAAAACGGACGAGGUUCACGAAUACCAUGAAAUAUCCGACACUGAUAUGGAAUGUCCACAUCCUGCGAGUGCGAGGAAUGAACAUCUUGGAUCACCCGAAAGUCCAGGGAUUAUUAAAGGCUAUACAGACUUCAGUCAGAGCCUCAUCGAUGAGAUGGAAACUAUGUUCCGAAAUCUGGACGCUAAGAGACGUGACGAGCCGGGCACAUCGAGUAAGCAUUUCGACAUCGAUGCAUUGAGAUCUCAUACAUUGUCGAAGUUUGAUAAGAAGAAGAACUUCAACACCGGCACAAUGAAACCAAUGUCGGCCCACGAUGAGAAGACACUGGAAACGGCGAUGUCCAUGGCCAAUGAACUGACCACAAAGUCAAUGACCGAUCUGGGCGGUGACAACAAGUUGCCAACAUCGCCAAACGAUAAAUCCAAGUUUCACUUCAAAUUCCCGCAGCUGUCUAUACAUCACGAGAAACCUAAUGAAGUGAUUGACAAAGAUGCUUUGGCUAAACAAGAACGUCGCAACUUCAGCGAGGAAGCUAAAAGCGUACCCGACAUACAGUCGACAAUAACGAAAGAGAGCAAAGCUGCAUACACCCAUUUAAUCGAGGAGCCGACGCCCUCUGGAUCAUUGUUGACUCAAAUCGCCAAAGAAACGAAAGCGAAGGGUCAUCACCAGCCGGCAACAAUGCCCAAACCAGCACCGAGAAGCGAACCGCGUCCUAGAUUCCAUUCACUGCAGAUCGCACCACCAUGCAAACCUAGGCCGUGUCCUGAAGUCGAAACAAUUGAAAAAGAAAUCACAAAUCCAUUACCGCUACCACCGAGAGCUACCAAACCAAAACUGGUCGACAAACGACGUCACAUCCGAAAGUAUCCCCUCAAGCUGCCAUCGGACAUGGUUCUCCCCGAGCCCGGUCCAAGCAAGCAGAUAAUAUACCAAAACGCUUUCACUCCGGUUAACUGUCGCUUGCAACACGACAACGAUCGCAAGAGUAACGGCGUCGACGUAAUUGACGGUCCAGCUAAAGGAACGAAUCCGUUCUCUCGUUCCGGACCUAGUUCGGUUAAUCCCUUCGAUAAUUGUAUCGAAACGAACGACGACGGCAUCGAUCUGCAUCUCGACGUUGUCCGGUACGACGUUAGUGAAGACGAAGACGACGAACAUGACAUCGCCGAAGGAGCUCUUGUUAAAGUGUUUCCAGAAUGUUCUGACCACGUGUCGGUCGAGGAUCUGCUCGAGUUCGCCGACCAGAAGCCCUGCGGCAGACAACGUGGCGUCGAAUCCGAUGAAGUCAGGAUCAUGAGAAAAGUACUUAAUCAGAAAGUGACACCUGAAGAAUGCUUAGCCGCUUUAGAGCUGAGUGAUUGGAACGUUCACCAAGCCAUCAAAGUGAUGCGCGUCAAGAUAUCUGUCGGCGAGGCUGUUUCCCUGGAGGAAUGUAGCACGGAGCUGCUAAAAGCCUGCGGAGAUAUUGUUAAGGCUUCGGCCGUACUAGUGCUUUGUAAACGUGAAAUAAAGUAGACCUUUCGUGUGUGUUGUGUG